UUGUUGUUGUUGUUGUUGUUGUUUCAGCCUGCCUUCCUCCCACCCCCCCAAAUAACAACAUGACCUUCUUUGACUCCCCAUACACUCUUCGUUAUGAUUACUUGCUUCCACGCCACAAUCCCGAUCCAUGGCUCCCCCAUUAAGCUUGCAAAUGUUGUUAUCGUGUAGCCAUCUUGUGGAUAGCCGGAUUUUCCAAGUCAGAGGUCCUUGUGUAUGGCAGGAAACAAGGCGCACCGAAAGGGAAACCUACCACUGCAAAAACCAGAUCGUCUAUCUGCAAAUUGGUUUUGUUUCAAAAGUUUCUGGAAUGCAAGGACACACUAAGACCAAGGUGCGCUACUCUGCUAGAUGCUACAUACUCUUGAUUCACGCUUAUUCACUCAUGUCAGUGGGGUGCGGGCUGGUAAUAGACUUAGCACGGAUGCCGAUAAAGAGGAACUAGAUGAAACAACGACAUACAAUGCAUGGAAGCAGCGUGCAGUCGACUAUCAAGCAGCCAAAACGUGUUUGCUGGAUCAAUGUUUCUCGCAAUGGGUGCAAACUCCAAAGGAAUUUGAAGCGUUCACUGCCACUGCUGAUAACGAUGGAUGUAGAUGAUUGUUGCAUUUAUAAUAAAAAGCGCACUUAAAAGAAGGAGUGAUACGCCCUAUUCUCGUGGGCCGUGUAUAUUAAAGAACAAAGUAAGUGGCAUCAUUGACAGAUUCGUAUAUGGAUUAACACGUACUGCUUAGCUAGUAGCUGAUAAUGGACACCUAUCAUCACUUACGGUAUCAAAAGGGCUUAAAGGAGAGUGUGUGCGUGUGUUGAUGUCAGUCCAUCUCCAUGGUUACACGGGAAAUCUGACAUGAAACACCUUUCGCG